GAAUUCAAAUAUGAUUUUAAAUUAUUGUGUACUUUUUCCUCAUUCGUUUGUUUAUAAGGAACUUUCCUAUUAACCAGUAAGGUUUUCAUUUUGCGACCUUCGAGUUUUUUCGCUUUGAUUAUUGUCCGUUUUUAUGAUUCUCAUAAAGAAAAUGUUAAUAGCGUUUUUAUUAUGUCUGACAUCCAUAGCUGUAAUAACCAUCUUCAUCACUUCAUCUAGUCAAGCACCUUACAUCGAUACCAUCAAAGAAAGAUGUCACCAGAUUCAAAGUUCGAGAGAAAACACAAGAGUUUUUCUCACCAUUUCUUCCCUCUACGUUUCUACAACGGAAGACGGAAUCGUCAACAGACAAUUGGAAAUAAAUUGGUUCGGGGGCUCUCCCGCAACAGAGGACAAAAUCUCAGUGUUCAACACAGAUCCCAUCAUCCAUCCCAAUGCUUCUUCCAUCAUUUCAAUCCAUCCUCAAGAUCAUCCCGGUGGCUUCUACAGAAGCGAUAUCAUCAUCCCGGUUAUCAUUUUGAAUGCGACAUUUUUACAUGAAAAUCAUUGUCUUGGAUACUGGGUGACUUAUCAAAAUAAUAAAGGUCAAGUUCUUUCUUCAUCCUGUUUACGAAUCCAGCCAUUUUGGAUGGAAGAAAACAGUGAUUAUUUAUCUCAUCUGAAAUUGAGCGAGAUUAUGAUUCCUGGAAGUCAUGAUUCUGGCAGUUUUUACUACCACAAGGAAAGUGGUCCCUUAACGAAGUAUAAAUACGCACAAGAAGAAAAUAUAUUCACGCAGAUGGUGUAUGGAUUAAGAUAUUUUGAUCUGCGCGUGGGCCAUUACAAAUACUGCGAAGACAAGUACUAUAUCAAUCACAAUUUCCUGAGAACAGAACAUUCAGUUAAAUCAGUUUUAAGACAAGUAUUACAAUUCCUACGAGUCACAAAGAAAGAAAUCAUCAUUUUAGAUUUUCACAAUUUUCCAAUCGGCUUCAAUAGUGAAGAAAUACAUGAAAAAUUAAUUGUUAUGAUUAUUAGGUUUUUUGGACCUUUCCUAAUACCAACGACAGAUGACUACAAAAAUGCAACUAUGAGUUACUUGUGGGAACAUAAUAAGAGAGUCCUGGUGAGUUAUGACAAUCCCAUAAGGGAAAAGUAUUUCCAAAACCUGAUGUGGCCCAGCAUAGAGAGGGCAUGGGGUAACAAGCAGCACCCACAAGAUCUGAAAUCAUAUUUUGAAGAAGUGUUCGAAAAAUCGGCUCCUGAGGGUCUCUGGGCCUCUAUGGCUGAACUGACACCAAAUGCCAAAACAAUUAUUUUGCACCCAGAGACUGGAUUGCGAUAUUUGGCAGAUUUAAUUAACAGGAAUGUUACACACUGGUUUAGGGAUCACUUCUGGCAUAAAGCUAAUAUUGUCGCCACGGAUUACUUCUUAGGGAAUAACAUCAUAGACGUGUCUAUUCGUGCUAAUAGAAUAAAAGGACUUUGUCCUCCUCAUUAUUGGUCUAAUCUAAGACCUUAAAAUAAUAUUGCUUGUUUUUGGUUAUAUUAAAAAGCGUUUUUGUCUAUUUCAAAAUAAAUAAAUAAUGUUAUCGAUAAGUUUUGGGACAAUUUUUAAAGACAUUUAAAUUAUUUUU